UCGAGGCACUGGGGGCUAGAUGAGGGACAGGUCUUGGACAAUCAUUUGCCCUGCCACUUGGAAGGAGAUGCCUCUCAAGUCUCCAGCCCCUGCUGCUCCUCUCGCUCCCUUGGGAGGUGGUAGGGUCCAUGGGAAUGGAAGUGGAGCUAGGUCUUUGUAGUCAGUAGAUACUAUGGCUUGCUUGCUUUGGAUAUUUAAUCCUUUCCCACAUAAACAGCCUUGGUUAUCCCAGUUAACAUCUUACCUGGACUCCAAUAAAUUUGAUUUUCUCAUGUUGGCUACAGAGCAGGUUGGGCUGUAUGUGUGUAUGUGUAUGUAUGUGUGUGUGUAGAGCUAUGACCAAAGUAUGUGUGCGUGUGUGUGUGUGUGUGUGUGUGUGUAGAGCUAUGACCAGAGACUUCAAACACUGGGUGGUUUACAGGACCACAGGGAAUCUGGGAAACCUGAUACCAUCAGAUACCAAGAAUAUUAUACUGUGUAUAUUAUGUGUUAUCCAUACAAAUCACAUUUGCACCUUCUAACACCCCCCAAAAGAAGUCUUCACAAACAAGAGGUGGGAAAAUGACAAAGCUUUUUUAAUGGUGGGGAAACAGAGGAAGGGCUAUGGGCUGCUCAAUUCGUUCAGGCAGCAGGACUGCAUAUGAUGACAGGCUAGAUCCUCUCAAAAGCCAUCAGUAGUGUGCCCCUAGGUGAUCAUGGGAAACACUGGCAGGGGACCCAUGAGUCUAAGAUUUGUCAAAUCUAGCCUGGUCAAUGUGAGGAUGACUGCAAAGGAGGGGCCAGUGUUCUUGCUUUGGGGCCAGCUGGGGCCUGAGUCAUAGCAGGACCUUGAAGCCAGAAGUUUAAGGACAAGUUGGUGCACAUUGUCAUAAGACAAUGACAGGUGGCAGCUGCUUCCCUACCAGGGAAAGAAUGUUGUGGGGGCCUGAAUAAGCGCUUUGUGAGCCUGGGGCUUCCUACAAAAGUUGGUAGGAAGGGUGUUCUGAGCACUAAGGCAGCUUGUGAAAGCUAGCUAGGGAUCGAUGAUCACUUCAGCUCUUACCUUAGGCCUCACUAAGGGUAGUGGGUCUAGCCAGUACCUUCCUGAGGCCUCAACUUUUAGAGUGAGGAGAGUCCUCUAAUUACUCUCCUUAUCCAAAAGUUGUGUGGGGCUGUGAUAAAAGUUAAGGAAGUUUAUGAGCUGUAACUGACCAAGCCAAGGGGGAGUUUCCUUAAGGUGACAAGAGUUGGGGAUGAUGAUACUGCAAGAUCUGAGUUCCCUGGCCUAAAGGUCUAGUUUCCUGGCUGGCACUGUGAACCACAGGCUAGCCCUUGAUCUCCAUCUCAGGUAAGACCCCACAGGGCCAAAGUUUUCUCACUUAUGAUAGGUGGAGUUGGGUCUAGCUGCUGGCUCCUUUCCAAUGUCAGGCUUGCCUUCCUCUCACCUGCCUGUUAAUCAAAGCCUGGAGUCCUACCGAGGCGGCACUCCACUGGUGCCUAGGGGCUUCAUCCCUGUAGGGCUCAGGAUUUACGUCUCUUGCUCCCAACGCCUCUGGCUCUAGAGUGGACGCUGGCGCUUUAAGACACUUUGACCCCAAGGCAUCCCAGGCGGGGCGGGGACAGUGCAGGCACCACCAGCAGAGGCACUGCGCGGGAGGCAGUUCUAGGUGUUCGGCCCACCAUGCUGACCACGCUCGCCCGGCCAGCCCUUCCUGGGCUCUCAAGGCGGCUACCUGUCGACACUGCGCGGCGUCAGGACUCCUCUGGUUCGUCUGGCUCCUAUCACACAGCUCCGGGUUCACCGGAGCCCCCGGACGUUGGGCCGGACGCAGAAGGCCGGGCGAAUUGGCUCUGGGUGGCCCCUGGGCGGGGGGCGGGCUCACAGCCUCUCCUGUCCGUCAGCGCCCAGAAUAGCCGCCAGCAGCACUGCUCCGGCUCGGGUUUCCCACGAGGCCCGGACUCCGGGCCGCCGCCAACCCGGCCCCAGCUGCGCAUGCUGCCGUCGGGGGAGAUGGAAGUCAUCUUCGGAGCCCCGCCGCUGUUCAGCCGCUCCGACGCGGAGGAUCUCGAGGUGCAACAGCUCACGGUGCCCGCCUUCAGGAAUCCCUCACUGCCGGGGUCAGCAUCUCCUGUCCCCGUCUCGCCGCAGCCCCAGACCCCCGACGGGGGCUCUCGCUGGGCCACCUACCUGGAGCUGCGGCCCCGGGGGCCGAGCCCUGCAGUCUCGGGGCAGUUCGAGUGUGUAGAGGUGGCAUUGGAAGAGCACUCCGCGCCUGUUAGGCCGCGCACCGUGCCGAAGCGUCAGAUCGAGCUGCGUCCACGGCCCCGGAGUCCCUCACAGGAGACCGGAGCGCCGCACCCCCGACUGCUCCUGCGCACCGGCUCCCUAGACGAGUCGCUGAGUCGCUUGCAGGCCGCUGCCGGCAUCGUGCAGGCCGCGCUGGCCAGAAAACUGACCCCUGCAGUCCUGGCCCCAAGCAAAGCCACUUUUAGAUCCACGGGGAAGCCAGAGCCUACGGCUCAAACUGCACGCAACACUCGCGUGGUCCAAGAAGAGGCCAAAGCUCGGGCACCUCGUGCACACGACAGUUCGGCCCCCUCCAGAGCCCCACGACCUUGGCCCAGCCUACGAGAGCGUGCGAUUCGGCGCGACAAGCCGGCCCCCGGGACUGAGCCGCUUGGUCCAGUUAGUUCCAGCAUCUUUCUGCAGUCAGAGGAGAAACUCCAGGAUGCGCGCAACCAGGAACCCAAGAUUCAGUUCCCUCAUGAGAUUCCUGAUCGAACCAUCCCGAGGGCACACAGUCCACCUUUCCAACCUAGAGCCUCCUGUGUGGUUCCCAGUAGGGAUGUGCGGCCGAGAAGCCAGUCUCCUCCAUGGCAGUCUCCAAAUGGGGCCAUACAAGGUCCUCGCUGCCCGUCUCCCCAGAAUCUCUCCCGGCCACACAGGACUGUUUGGAGAGUGAGUAGCCCAUCCUUCCCUGAAGGAUACUCUGCGUGGGAAAAUCGGAAUGCCGCCGUCAAGGAAAACGUCAGCAGGAGCCCUUCCCCUCCACCUCUUUCCCUGAGGACUCAGGGUGUUGCUAGAGCCAGGAGCCCGUCUCCUGAAGCUCCUUCUCAGUGGAAAGUUCCGCAUCCGACAGGUGGGGAUGCAGCAGAGUGGUAUAGAGACCAGUCCGCGCCAGCCUUGCUCCAGUGGGAGUCACCAGAUCGCCCUACAGGAAAGGGUAGUCCAUCACCUCGAGAGACAUGGAGUCCUACUAUGCAGGGGUCGUCGAUGGUAUUAACGCAGGGAGCUACGAAUGGUCUCGCUCAGGAGCUGGAGCGGCCUACACCAUCAGCACACGCGACUCCAGAACUAGCAGAGGUACAGAGUCCACCCACACGGGAGAAACCGGAUGCUGCCUUCCGAGGCAGUCAGCCAUUGCUAGAGGUAGAUGCACCUGAGCGGCCCCCAAGUCAUCUCGUAAGCAUCCGGGAUGACGAUGUGCGCCCUGAAGCCUUGGGCGCGGGAGAAGAGGUUUCAGGACGCCGGCACUCCACCAUUCCGCGGCCGCGCGACGUGCGCAAGAUAGUUAAGACCACGUUCGCGCCAAGCUUUCCUGCGGGGACCCAAGGCUCAGGGCGCCCAGCGCCUCCUGUCGACACCUGCGGGGAAGAGGUCUACGGCUCCAAAAUGCAGGAGCCCCCUGCGCUGGAGCCCCGCGCGCCGGCUCACUACACUUCCGUCUUUCUCAAGGACUUUCUGCCGGUAGUGCCGCAUCCCUACGAGUCUCCAGAACCUUUGCUCCAGGCAGUCCCCAGGGACGCCUCGCAGUCCAGCAGGGUCCCGAGACGAAGGGCAGAGAACAGCACGGCGAAACCCUUCGCACGCAGUGAGAUCCGCUUGCCCGGUGCCCUGGCCUUGGGCCGGCGGCCUGAGAGAACACCGGGAGUCCGAGGGCGCGGUCCUGGGGGAAAGAACCGGGAUGCUGAGGCUCAGUGCCUAGUCCCGGACCGCGAGGGUCGGACCAGCUCGGUAGGCACUGCUCGCAUCACCACGCAGCAGUCUGCUCUAGCAGGGAUGCGACCGCCCCGCCCCGGCUCCCCGCAGGCGUGCCCCAACUCGAGCCCGGGCAAGGCACCCAAACUGGAGACACCUCCUACGCCCCCAGAGCCGGCAGCCGCCGUCCUGGCGGCCCUCCAGCAGGAAGCUCAGGCGUCGGCGACCAGGACCGCCGGGCCCCAGCCGCGAGCUGCCUCGGCGCCUCCCACGGAUCGGCUCCCCCCUCCAUCUUCCCAGGGGAUGCGGAGGCCGCAAGGAGCCGCGCCCGCCGGGAAGGUCCUAGUGGACCCGGAGAGCGGUCGUUACUAUUUUGUGGAGGCGCCGCAGCAGCCAAGGCUGCGGCUUCUCUUCGACCCGGAAAGCGGGCAGUAUGUGGAGGUGUUGUUGCCGUCCUCGUCCCCAGGGCCACCACGCCAUUCCUACACCCCGUUGGCCAUCGGGCCUGGCCUCUACCCGCCCGUCUAUGGGCCUGUAUCUGGCUUGUCACUGCCUCCUUCCCCAAACCUGCCGGCUCUCGGCAGCUCCCAACUACCCUGGGCCCCUGAGACUGGGCCUUUAGAUGGAAUGCAUUACAUGCCUGUGAGCGGGACCCGCAGUCCGGCUCCACCGCUGCUAUUCUGUGCCCCGCCCUCCAGCUCUGGACCCAUCCAGCCCAGCAAGGGGUUUCCCUUGUGAAACCCCAAGGCGUGAUCCCCAUGGAGUUGGGACCCCUAGAUGGCUUUUGGAAGUUCUGGUUCCCAGUCCCAUGUACUCAUUUAUUCCCAUCAACUCUUUUCUUUGGUCAGUUCCUCUAGUCAUCAGACUAGAAGUGACUUUAAGAAAAUGUAUCUGAUACCUGGGCUGAUGGUGCUGGAGCUCAGGAAGUGGUUGCCUACUUCCGGUUCCCAAGCAUUCCCAGGUGUGGUGUAUCUGCGUAUGUAGGCAGGCAAGUAUGUCACAGUGAGAAGCCAGCCCGAAGAGGUGUUGGGGUUUCCCAGGAUAGGCCAUAUGGGAGCAGCAGAAACAGGGCCACCUGUUGUGGUAAGAUGUUUGUACCUCCCUGACGGUGGGCCCAGCCGAUGCGGAGCAGGGCAGUGGGUGCUGCUGUGAUGGAGAGGGUCGGGAUUUGAGAUCUGGCCUUGGAGGCUAUGGGAGAAGCAGUUAGUGUGGCCCCAGGCCAGGCUUUGUGGGAGAAAGGGAGCUGUCAGGACAGUAGGUGGAAGUAGAGCUAGGAGCUCUUUAAGGGCUUGGAAGGUCAGCAUUAAAUUAGAGGUGGGAGGACUGGAGUGAGGUGGUCCCCGAUUGCUGUGUCCCUGUAAGGUAGAGGAGAAGAAAAGACAAAGGAACUUGCAACUCAACGACAGCACAGUCUGUUUGGGAAAAGGCCUGCAGAAGGGUGGUCUCUAGUGUGAGAAUCAGAGAGCCUACAGUCUGCCUUCAGACUGGGUAGUUGUAGGGCAGAAGGGAGAAAGAUUGAAAUUUUUCCUUUUUGGCUCUGUGUUGGCUGUUGCUAUGGGUAGUUAGGGAAAUAUGGUAAGUGGUGAAUUAAAGGAUGUCAGGUGGCCAAUAAACAUUUUUCUUGGCCAGUCAUUACUUGAGGUCAAUAGGACAGGAAGGACAAGAAUCUAGUAAAAUAAGUUACUUUAGUUUUGGAAAUUGUCAUUGUUUAAUCAAAAUGGAGAUUUACAAAAUGGUGUGACCAGGGAUAACAGUCCAACAGAGAACCUAGCUCCUCCUUCCUUCUGCCUCAGUGUCUGUUUUCUCCAGACUCCCAGAGCUCAGCUAGCUCAUCCUGAAGGUGGGGGACUCAGGCAUCCCAAACAGGCAAGUGAAAUGAAUCACCAGGAAUGACGGGGAGAAAGGUUGGGCUGUUGUCCCAGGGGAGCCUCUUACUCUGGGUGGCUGCAGGGUGGGCUGGGACUGAUAUAGGAGGGAUGUUCCUGUGUGGAGUAGGCCAGAGGGGCCUGAUACUUGAGCAGAUUCUACUCUGCAUGCACAACAAUGCCCAGAGAGUGGCUGACCCUGCAGGCUGGUCAGAGCAUGGGAAAGACCCCCAAACCUGUGCUCCAACUGCCCUGGGCCAGGGGAAAGCUGAGGGAGCUGAAUGUGUUCUCCAUGAGACAGAGGUGGUCUGCAUGGGGGUCUGGGUAUAAUUUUUAACCUAAAAUGACUGGGCCUUGCUGGAGGGGGUGUGAUGUGAAGUAUUUGGAGGACAGUUCCCAUUAGAAGCAGUGUUAGGGUUGAGGAUUGAUAUCUUUCUGAUUCCAAGCUUAUUCAGGCCAAGAUCCCUUGGAGCCUCUAUCAGCCUUGCCCUGGACUGGAAACUAAGAAACUGAGUCAGAAUGACCUGGACAUCUCUACCAGAAGCAUUGGUCUCAAUGGCAUAGAGGGACUUGGGCCCACCCCUGGGUUCUUCACCUAAUCCUGGUGUGCAAUAAACGGCUGACCAUGGAACCAUGGUGGCUGAAAUGAUAAA